GACUCAUCGUGUGGUAAUUAGAUCCAGGUGGGACAUCCAGCCGUCCAGCAGCAAACUAUGUCUAUAGGAUCAGGAAGUAGAGUCCAGGAUGUGCCUGUGAAGGGGGCGUCUGAAGAAGGAGCCUAUUGAGCAUGCUCCGAAAUGCAUUACCGCCCCCUUCACCUGCUACAUCUGACUCUGCUCUCCAAGCAUCAUUUUUGAUGCACAGGCACAUCCUGGACUCUACUUCCUGUUCCUAUAGACAUAGUUUGCUGCUAUACGGCUGGAUGUCCCACCUGGAUCUAAUUACAACA